UUCACCCGCAGCUCGUUCGGCCACACCCAGCCAAACCUCUCUCGCACCCUCUAUUCCUCAGACGCGUACGAGCCAACGCUCCGCAUCCAAACACUCUUCACGACUACGCGCGACGUACUUGUACUACCUCGCUGCAAACCCACCACUACGCGGGCACGAUACCAGUUCACGAACCCCGCACUACCAUCAUGUCGUCCAUCUACACGUCGCCCCCGUCCUCGCCCAUCGCGAGCUUCUUCCCGACGGGGCCCUCAUCACCGCAUGCGUUCGCGUCCUUCCAGCAGGACCCGCGCAACACGCACACCAUGUUCGCCGCCCUCGCCUCGGGAUCCCCGCACAACGCCGCGCAGGGCCAGGCAAUCGCCAUGGCUCGCGCAGGCCACACUCCGACGAAGAAGUCGAAGUAGGCAUCGCCAGGCGUGUUGCUGGAGCGCACGCGCGAUGGGGCUUCAGGUGCGUACGGCUGCCCUCGUCCGCGACGAGGCGGUUGGUACUGUGCCUUCGACUACCUCGCGCCGCCAUGCGCAGCUUCUCCCUCUACCACCUCCCGGAAUGGAGGAAGACGUUCAGGUCGUACCUUACCCCAGGAACUUCCAUUGCGUCGCCAUGACCACCGCUCUUCCCGGUUUCUUCUCGGACACAUCUCCCUGCAUCGUCUCAGCACUCUCCAUUGCAUCGCAUCCCCAUCCACGACUCGGUCUAUUAUCUUGUACUCACGCUUCUCACGGUCUCGCAUGCAUCAUUCCCCCUGUUGUACACGCAUUUGUAGACGGUACAUGUAUCCAUAGUCAUCAAUUAUUGUGUCGCGACCCGACAUCG